ACACACGCGCAGCCUGUCCGGGUAGGAUGGGAGCAGAGCAGUAGCCACAUAUCCGCGCGCGCCUGACCGCUAACACUACUUCCUGGACCCAAAAAGAAUGGGACAUUUUCAGCAACACCUUUCCUCUCCAACCUCCGUCUCGCCGACGCCGCGGAUAAUCACUUCAUAAUGCUUUUGCAUGAUCAAUAAUAUCCGACCACUUUUUUUCCUCUGUAGUUAACGACAGCGAUUGAUUGCCGAUUGACUCUUCCCCCCCCCUUUUUUUUCUCCCUACACCUCGGGAAUGUCGCUAUGUGGAAGCCCGCUGCAGACACUCCAACAACCACCGAUUCUGAAUUGUUUUCGCCUCUUGCCUGCUCGCCUCUUUAUUCCUCGAAGCUAAUGAGAGCACCCCGCUCCGGAGGCGAGUAAAUCUGGCUUAUUUUUAAUAAAAACACUGACUGUAUCCUGUGACCGUCAAAGCGUUUCUGUACUUUGAUGCUCUCUGCCUUCGUGGCCGCCGUGACAACUUCGGCUUUAGUGUGUGCGUGAUUCUUUCUAAAGGACAAGAAGAGGAGAGGGGGUAAAAAAAGGACUAACUUAAUCACCCGUUGCCUUUUCUUGUUGCUCUCGAUGAGUAUUCUAACAUGCGGAAAAUACGGGAACCGAGUCACUGGUGGAUUUUAACCCUGCUGUUUUUAACCUUGCCCGAAAACAAAGACUGUCAGCCCGUUGCAUCGGGUGACCAACCUCGCUUCACUGGAGGCAGCCGUCCUGGGAGCACAGGCGUAAUGAGGGAGAGGAGGACAGCUGGUGACCCCUACUGGUCCUAUUCAGGAAGCCAUGGGCCUCGAGCCUGGGCAACCUCUUACCCAGAGUGUGCUGCAAAGAACCAAUCACCUGUGGAUAUUGCUGAUGAGCAAGCUUUGGUGCUGGACGAGUACCAGGAGCUAGAGCUCGACAAGUUUAACAUUGAGUCGUCCAACCAGACAACCAUGAAAAACACUGGAAAGACAGUGGCUGUGCUCCUGAAGGAUGACUACUUUGUAAGAGGUGCUGGACUGCCAGGGCGUUUUAAGGCUGAGAAGAUGGAGUUUCACUGGGGCCAGAGUAAUGGAUCAGCAGGCUCAGAGCACAGCAUAAAUGGCAGAAGGUUCCCCGUAGAGAUGCAGAUCUACCUUUACAAUUCAGACGACUUUGACAGCCUCAGCGCCGCCAUCAAGGAAAGACGCAUUAUUGCUGCCAUGGCUGUGUUCUUUGAGCUUGGGCAAAAAGACAACCCAGCUGUGGACCCAAUCAUCCAGGGAUUGAAAGGAGUAGUGCAUCAUGAAAAGGAGACCAACCUCAGGUCAUUCAUCUUGAGGGAUCUGCUGCCGUCGUCAGUGGACAGUUAUUACCGAUACACUGGCUCCUUGACCACUCCGCCCUGCAGCAAAGUAGUGGAGUGGAUCAUCUUCUCCAGGCCUGUGUAUUUGUCCCACUCACAGCUGGAUGCUUUUUACUCCAUCUUCACCACGGAACAACAGGACCACGUCAAGUCUGUGGAGUACCUGACAAACAACUUCAGGCCCCUGCAAGACUUGAACAAUAGGAAGAUUUUUAAGUCGGCUGUGAAAGAUGCAUGGCAGAAAGAUUUGACUGAGAUAUUAGGAAGCCCACACAGCACUGAGGCCUCUAGAGUGUGCAGCAGUGCCCCAGUGAGCAUGAAAAUCCAGCCGUUGAACGAGUCGGCCUUGAUGGUGAGCUGGGAACGGCCCCUUACUAUCUACCACCCACCCAUCACUAGCUACAUGGUCUCAUACAGCUGGGUGAAACGGGAUGUGGCAGACGAAAAAACUUUCAUAAAGAUGGGUGACCAAAGCAUGAAAGCGGUCAUUACUAACGUCUCCCCGGACCUACUCUACCUGUUCAAGGUGCAGGCAGUGUGUCAGCACGACCUCCGCAGUGACUUUAGCCAGAAUCUGCUGUUCAGAGCAAAUACAACAAGGAUAUUUGAAGGCUCUCGCAUUGUGAAGACUGGAAUGCCCACAGGAUCUCCAGCGUCAUCAGCAGAUAUGGCUCCAAUAAGCUCUGGUUCGUCCACCUGGACAUCCUCUGGUAUCCACUUCUCCCUGGUCUCUAUGGCCACCGGCAUGGGCCCCUCGUCCAGUGGCAGUCAGGCCACUGUAGCAUCAGUGGUGACCAGCACCUUGUUGGCAGGCUUGGGUGUUGGCGGAGGGGUUAUCUCCUCUUUGCCCAGCUCUGUCUGGCCAACACAGACACCUCCUGCCCCUCAGAACCCGACACAUCCAUCCACCCCGCCUUCGAAGCCCAGCACUGAGCAAGCCACUCAUGGGGCUGAGAGUGAGAAGCAGGCUGAGGACAAACAGGCCUCCGGUGAGGGGGAGGAGGAAGAGGAAGAGAACGGUGAAAAUGGAGAGGAAGAAGAGGAAGAAGAGGAAGGAAAAAAGAAAAAGGACAAGAAUUCACCUGAUAACGAGAAGCAGGCAAACAACACUGUGUCCGAAGAGCCUUUAAUCCCUACCCCCGCAUCCACAGCCAAAGAGAAAGGAAAGGGCAGUCCAACAGCCACAGCCCCUGCAAGUGCUGGUGAUGACUGCUUGGUAAACAAGGAGAAGAGACCCACAGCAGUAAACACAGUCUCCACUCAGGAGCCACGGAAUGACAGCGCUGAGAUGCAGAUUCCUCAGAGCUCCACUGUAGCUCCAAAGAAUAAAAGUGAUGGAAAGGGUCACUGGCCUUUUCUGGUCCACACUGAUCAAACUGUCUUGUCCAACGUGACGCGGACCCCUCACCCAGGAAUGGGCAGGAUGGUGUGGAUCGUGCCCCUGGUGGUGGUGUCUGCUCUCACUCUGCUGUGCCUCAUCAUGCUGCUAAUCGUGAUGGUCUACUGGAGGAGAUUUUUCCAGACGGCUCAUUUCUAUGUGGAGGAGAGCAGCUCCCCACGGGUGGUGGCCAAUGAGACCAUCCCAAUCAUCCCAAUACCAGAUGAUAUGGAUGCCAUUCCUGUGAAGCAGUUUGUUAAACAUGUCAUGGAGCUCUACAAAAGCAACAUGCAAGGUUUUGCAGAAGAGUUCGAGGAGGUCCAGCGCUCCACAGUCGACUUAAAAAUCACCGCAGAACAUUCCAAUCAUCCUGACAACAAGCACAAAAACAGAUACAUCAACAUUGUAGCCUAUGACCACAGCAGGGUGAAAUUGCGAGCUUUGGCGGGGAAAGACGCCAAACAUUCAGAUUACAUCAAUGCCAACUAUGUUGAUGGCUACAACCGUCCCAGGGCUUAUAUAGCUGCUCAGGGUCCUCUCAAGUCUACGUUCGAGGACUUCUGGAGGAUGGUGUGGGAGCAGAACACCGGGAUCAUUGUCAUGAUAACCAACCUGGUGGAAAAAGGGAGGAGGAAAUGCGACCAGUAUUGGCCAACAGAGAACAGCGAGCAGUACGGAAACAUUGUGGUGACGCUGAAAAGCACCAAAGUGCACGCCUGCUACACAUUGCGCCGCUUUCUCAUAAGGAAUACAAAAGUUAAAAAGGGUCAGAAGGGGAACCAGAAAGGGAAGCUAAAUGAGCGGAUUGUGGUCCAGUAUCAUUACACUCAGUGGCCUGACAUGGGAGUACCUGAGUACACCCUCCCUGUCCUCACUUUCAUUAACCGCUCCUCAGCAGCUCGUACUGCAGAUAUGGGUCCCGUCCUGGUGCACUGCAGUGCUGGGGUCGGACGCACGGGAACGUACAUCGUCAUCGACAGCAUGCUGCAACAAAUCAAGGACAAAAGCACAGCCAGUGUCCUGGACUUUCUCAAACAUAUACGCACACAACGCAACUACCUAGUCCAGACUGAGGAGCAGUAUGUUUUUAUCCACGACGCGCUGAUGGAGGCCAUCCUCAGCAGGGAGACGGAGGUGCCAGCCUGGAAGCUGCAUGGCUACGUUAACAGCAUCCUGACGCCCAACUCUGCUGGCCGCACACGGCUGGAGAAGCAGUUCAGGCUGCUGAGUCAAUGCAACACGCGCUUCGUCGAGUGCUUCAGCGCACACAAAGACUGCAACAAGGAAAAGAACCGCAACUCGUCUGUGGUUCCCUCGGAAAGAGCAAGGGUUGGACUCACCACUCUGCCUGGCAUGAAAGGAACAGAUUACAUUAAUGCAUCCUACAUAAUGGGCUACUACCGGAGUAAUGAGUUCAUUAUUACCCAGCAUCCUUUGCCCCACACCACCACAGACUUCUGGAGGAUGAUUUGGGACCACAAUGCUCAGAUUAUCGUCAUGCUGCCUGAUAACCAGGGGCUGGCCGAGGAUGAAUUUGUUUACUGGCCGAGCCGAGAGGAGGCCAUGAACUGCAUCGCCUUCACUGUAACUCUCAUCAGUAAGGACAGACUGUGCCUCUCCAAUGAGGAGCAAAUCAUCAUCCAUGACUUCAUCUUGGAGGCCACGCAGGAUGAUUAUGUUCUGGAGGUGAGACACUUUCAGUGCCCCAAAUGGCCAAACCCGGACGCUCCUCUCAGCAGCACCUUUGAGCUCAUCAGCGUCAUCAAGGAAGAAGCCAUGACCCGAGAUGGCCCCACAAUUGUGCACGAUGAGUGCGGAGCGGUGUCAGCGGGGAUGCUCUGCGCCCUCACCACGCUGUCCCAGCAGCUGGAGAGCGAGGGAGUCGUCGACAUCUAUCAGGUGGCCAAGAUGAUCAAUCUCAUGAGGCCAGGGGUCUUCACUGAUAUAGAGCAGUACCAGUACCUUUACAAAGCCAUGCUGAGCCUGGUCAGCAACAGAGAGUGCAGCCUGAGUCCCACUCACACGGACACUAACGGGGUGGUGGUGAUUGCAGAUGAGUCGGACCCUGCGGAGAGCAUGGAGUCGCUCGUCUGAGGACGUCCCUGCAGGCACUUAAUUUGUAAAAAAAAAAAAAAAAAAAUUAACAACCAAUCCAAGAACUAUACUGAGGCCUUUUUUGCCAGACUAUUGAUUAAAC